AUGCCGUCUGCCCCUGCGGCCAUCUCCCUGCCUCCUCCUCCUCCUCCGGCCAGCCCCGAAGGCGCCGCUGUGGCAGGCUCGAGCCAUGUCCGCAAUGUCCUCAUCUACAUGAUCUCGGGCAACCCGGGGCUCGUUGGCUUCUACCGCCCCUUCCUCACCACCCUGCGCCAGCUCCUCGACGAGCAGCGCUCCGGCUCGCCUCGCUUCCACAUCUAUGGCCAGGACCUCGCCGGCUUCAGCGACGCGGACCAUGACUGCUCUUUCUCGUCCCCAGCCAACCCGCCUCGCGAUCUCGAGUUCCAGAUCACGCACGUCCAGACCACUCUCCGGAACCUCGGUGUAGACGCAGACAAUGGCACCAUCCAGACAAUCCCACCGGGACAGCACCGAGAUGCCCCCCGCCGCCCUUUCGACGACAUUGUACUCGUCGGCCACUCGGUCGGCUCGUACAUUGCCCUCGAGCUCUUCCACCGCAACAUGGCACUACGUCAGCAGCAGCAGCAGCAGCAACAGCAACAAACCUCGGCCCCCUCAGCCGCCGCGCCCCUCAACCUCCGCUCCGCCAUCUUGCUCUUCCCCACCAUCACCCACAUUGCCCAGUCCACGGCCGGCAAGCGCCUAGACAUGCUCCGGCAGAUCCCCGUCCUCGGCCCCAACGCCUACCGCAUCGCGAGGGGCCUCCUCGCGGUCCUCCCCGCGCCCGCUGUGUCGUGGAUCGUCUCGUCCGUCCUGCGUUUCCCCCCGCACGCGGCGGAGGUGCUCGUGCCCUGGCUCAAGUCGCGCGACGGUGUCUGGCAGGCCCUGUACAUGGGCAUGGACGAGAUGCGGGUCAUCCGUGAGGACAAGUGGGAUCGCGAGCUCUGGGAGAUUGAACACGACCCGACAACAACAACAGCAGCAGCAGGGGUCACAUCGAACAGCAGCAGCAGCAGCAACAACAACACUCAAGCUGUAAAUUCUUCCUCCUUCUCAGAGCCAGCAACCCCGCCGCCGCCGAAAUUCUUCUUCUUCUUCGGCCAGAACGAUCACUGGGUCGCGGACCACUACCGUGAUCUGUUCAUCGCCGAGCGCACCACCACCAACGGGGCCGGGACAGUAAAACCCGGUGCCGGUGAUGAUGAGGUUACAGAAGCAGAGAGCGACCACAGCACAGGUGGAAACAGCAGCAGCAGCAGCAGCAGCAGCAGCAGAAGCAACAGCCAAAAGCCACCCCCACCCUCAACGGCAUCAACCCGGAUCGUCGUCGACGAGGGCAACCUCCCUCAUGCCUUCUGCAUUCACCACAGCAAGACGGUGGCGGAAAAGGUACAUUCGUGGCUGCGCGAACUGUACCCAUCUAGAGCGUAG